AUGGCGAUCAAGAUUCUGACUCUCCUCACUCUCUUCACCUUCCUCUUCUUCUCAACAUCCGUAACUUCCAUCUCCACCCACGACCUCGACGCCCUCCUCACUCUCCUCCGCGCCAAUGGUCACUCUCUCUUCGCCAACGCCAUCUCCACCUCCGACCUCCUCUUCGACCUCCUCUCUCUUCCUUCUUUAACUCUUCUUGCCCCUACUAACCCUUCCCUUUUUGCCCUCGAUAUGACACAGACGCCGUCGUUUUAUCUCUCCACUCUCCGCCUCCACGCCCUCCCUCGCCGCCUCUCUUGGUCCAGUUUCCUUCUUCUCCCCAACGGCUCGUCCCUCCCCACGCUCUUGCCCUCGCGUCAGUUACGUCUCAACCGACGCGAUGGAGCCAAUGUUGUUCUUGUUGUUUCUACCAUCGGCGGUGGCGCCGUUCAGCUUGUCAUGCCGGGGUUGUUCUACAGCAGCCACGUGGCUGUUCAUGGCUUGGCCGGGAUUCUCACAUUUCGCUUCAAGACCGGCGGCGGCGGCGAGGGUGGUGGUUCAGGUUCUCACCCGAACCGUACAGUUUUCUUACCUCCGGUUACAAGAUUUCCGUUUACUCCGCCAAGAAUUCCAGAGAUUUUGCCGGCUAACCGUACCAAUAACCAUUCCUCUCCUGUUAACUGCACCGUUCUUUCUUCUCUGGUACCGACAGAUCAUGUCUCUCCGGUUAACCGCACCGUUGUUUCUCCCCCGGUGCCAACAGACAUCAGUAACCACACAUAUCAUGUCUCUCCGGUUCUUAAGCACACCGUUGUUUCUCCUAGAGUUAAUCAUUCCACGGUCUCUCCAUGGCCGAAUCCUUCAGAUUCCUCUCCAGCUCCGGUACCAGGUCUUGAUGCUAACGGUGCGCCGAAAUUGCGGAAAAAUGGUGAUGUGGCGACAGGAAUUUCAAGUGAAUUUGUAGUGUCCCCGGGAGGAGUGGAGAACCAGACAGAGUGGUAAAGUGAGGAUGUUGUACGUGGAGAAAUGUGAGGCGUUGGAUGAAGUGUGAUGAUGAUUGUGUGAUUUGCAAUGUUAUGAUAUUGGCGUGAA